AGCCAUGCCGCGCCGCCCACGCAAAGCUCCGUCACGAAACAAAGACGGCGGCGUUCCCCUCAGUUUGCCGCGAGCUUUGCUUUGGAUCAUACAACUGACAUUAAUCAUAUCCCAGACGUGAUUUUAUUCUCAGUGCAUAAUAUCAUAAAAGAUAAUCAUCAUGUCUGAACGUUUGGAAGCUGGUCAACAACUUGUCAAAAAAACCAUGGAUCAGGUGAUUCAAGAAAAAAAGAGCACUGGAGCCGUUAGCAUUCAGGCGAGACAAGAAUUCCGCGAAUCCUAUCAGGAGAGUUAUGAAGAAGAAUUUGAAGAGGAAACCUUCAUCGAUCAGCAUGGAAAUGCAACAACAAAGAGAGUGGAAUCUAGCAGUGAAAGCAAAGAACAUUCUAAAAGCGCAGACGUCAGAGUUAAAGCGUCCGGACUGAACGCUGAACAAAUGAAAGCGCUAACCGACUGCGCGAACGAAGCGGGCCAACUCGCCCUCGAUUCUAAAGCAGCAAAUUAAAUCUUCUAAGGUGCCGUUUGAAUGCGAAUGCGGGGUUCUCAAAGAGUGAUAAAGACUGUGUACAGUGUUCCUUUCUAUGUUAUAUUUGUAUUUUAAGUUUAAAAGUAUAAUAUCAAUAAAUGUAUUGAAAAUUAAAA